GCGAAGGAUACGUUCGUAGUUGACGGAGGAUACGUACGUGUUAGCGUUUUUUAAGUUCCCGCGAGCUGCGUGCAUCUGUGUGUUAUAAACGGCCCCACAGUGUGAAUUUUAAAUGAAAUGGCAUUGAGCUUUAAUUAUGAAGAAAAGCGGCCACAGUGAGCCUAUGGCUGCUGGUGCUCCUAAGUGUGGAUGCAUAGUGCAUUUGUGUAAGCGGCUCUAAGUGUUGUAAAUAAUUUAUACGGGCUAUAUGUUCGCAUUGUUGAAGCUGUCGUUCAUUGUGCCUAUUGCUGUCAGUUGCCGAGAGCGUUGUUUUAGUAGCACCCGGUUCAAGUUCAAAGCUGAAAGUACUUCGUAUAAUCUGAUUACCGCUGAAAGCGUCCAGUCGCACUCACUCAGCGUUCAUCUUCGCGUACAUCGUGGUCUACCAUUAAAUUUCGUGUGUUCGUGAAACCCGCUUCGGCACCCGCAUCCGAUGUGAUGCUGGGUAAAAUUUUGUCGAAUUAACAUAUCAAUUAGCUCCAUACACAUCCUUUGAUUCAAAGUAAUAAACAUAUGUAUGUAUGUACAUAUGCACACUCAAACAUGGAGCAAAGUCGUGACCGUAAUUUUGAACGCAAAAUCAGUGGAGUUCGAAUGGUACUGAAAGUCAACCACAAACGUGUACGCUCAGGUCAUAUCCACUGAGUUUCGGCGGCAAAGCCUGCAAUCAUCAGCAAAGCGUCAUCGUCCUCCCCACCAGCUUUAGAACUGUCGCAACCAAUAAAUUUGCUUUGGGAAAUCAAAAUGUUAUAGUUAUAUACGCACAAUUAUACCAUACGGUAUACAAACAUAGCUUCUGGCUUGUAAUGGAAAACUGAACCACGAUCUUAGAGUCGAACAGAAGCUUGAAAUACACGUGCAUAGAUAUGUAUUAAUGUAAGCCUACGAAAUGCUCUUCAAACGCAUUUCAUCCAUUAAUUUACGAAGUAGACAAUAUGAACGACGAACGCGGCUUCCAUCAUCAACGAAGACCACCUGACGUCGAAGAGGCGCUUUCAUCCAUGCUUUGGAGGCCAUAUGAGCGUAACUCUAGUGAUAGUUCCUCCGACGAAGAAGAUCAGAAGGGGCGGACCAAGCGGUUGCGUAAACCCCAUAGCUAUUAUGAGCAUCGAAUCACCUACGAACCAUUUACAUCAUCAUACUUUGGUGAUGAUGACCAGUUAGAACCAACAGUGGCGAUAACAACAACCCCGGAAAGUGCAACCAGCACCCUGCAAUCAAUACCUUUUGUGCCUUUUUCCAAUUUUUUCUACGACAAUGUGAACAACGACGAUACAUCCGGAAGUAGUCAGUGCGAACUCAAAGUAUUUGAGUCUAAUCAUAAAGAAGCUGGAAUAUAUAAAGACCGUUCUUUCCGAUUCUCAUAUCCGUACUAUGUCCCGAUUCCCAGCCUUAACAAAUGGUGGUCUGCGUCAAAUACCUCAAAGGAGCCACCUUCUUAUGAAUCUCUGUACGUGAAGGAUUCAGCAACAGCGGUGGUACUCGAUACUGAUGACACAAGCUCAAGCUGUCAAGCUGAUACACUGACAGUAUUCCCUGACGGGCAAUACGAUUCUCUCAAAUGUGAUAAUUAUAAGGAAGAGCCAACUCAGAGAGAGGACUUUUUAAGUUUGAAUCAAGAGGACUCCCUUCAGGCAACGGGUCAGAUUAACUUGGAACUCGCUGUCCAUUUCAACAACAAUGUCCAAGUUGCAACGCAUGAACAAAGCAUUGAGGCAAGAGCAGGGGCUACGUUGCAGUGGGGCGACAAAAUGCAGCUGACGAAUGGCCGAUCACAACAAACUGAAAAGUACAACAUUACCAACAAUAACCAUGGCGAAGAUGAUGAUAACGAAUCGAUAGAGAAAAACCAACUAAAACGGUACCAUCAGUACAUACAAUCGCAAUUCACAAACAGCUCACAACCAAACACAAUGGCACGAGCGAUAGCUACAUCAGUCACAGGGGUUACGGAUAGCAGUAUAAAAGGAAAUGAAAGAUCAAAACCAAUAUCACACGAGAGAGAGGAGGUCAGUCAACCUGUUCCCUGCAUUAGCAGAAGCCAAAACCCCUUUCUCCUCUCGUAUUUACACAAUAGCAUCGUAAACAACCAGAAUUGUAGUAACAAUAACGACGCUCUACUCAACACAAUGCCAGUGGAUGUUAGUUGCCCCAACAGUGGUAGACGAAUGAACGCUGCUGCAAUAAACACAAUAACUAACUUAUUUGCCGUGGCUUGGAGCGACAAAGCGACAACAGCUGAGAGAGAAUGUGGUAGCCGCUGGGAAAGCCACUUCGUUGAACGACGUACUGCGCCACCAGUGGUUGAUGCAGUGACGAUCAUUCAGUCAGCGACGUGCUCAUUCGACGGUCGUGCUAGCGCGCAUCAUUCGCGAUCUUCGUUAGUUACCUUAUCGUCGUAUUCGAAUUUAUGGAAAAAGACGUUAAGCGGUGUAAGAUCAAAAGUCAAAAGAGCGACGCGGCCAAGUUCCGAAAACCUUCGUAACCCAUCCGUCUCACCACUGGAUACUCUUACACCCAAUAAAUGCUUGGCGGAACUCGAGCGCUUGUACGCUGAAUUUCGGGCGAGUGAAAGUGCGCUAGUGGCCGCUCGUAACGAUGCUGAUGAAAGCAGCAUAAGCAGUCACUGCCGCCAGAAAUGGCUUAGUCGAAGUCAAAGUGAUAGUGGGGACAGUGCUUGCGGCCAUGGUUGUGAAUUUUUGAACAACAACGACACCAAAAAAAUCAUUGAAUCCACGAACAAUAUGCGGCUCAACAUACCCGCCGCGGCGAAUACGUCAUUGUGUUCUCCACCCUCGGAGUCACAGGCGCAGCAAGUGCAUACGCUUAAAGUUUUGCCAGCCGGCAGUUCGAGCAGCGUCUUUCUAACUAGCUCCAACUGUGCGACCACAGGUUGUCUGACCAGUAAUAGUCGGGCGAAAAGUAGCAGCGACGAUCGAUGUAAGAAUCUGCUGCAGAAAACAAACAAUAAUAACGGUGACUGCUCCACUAAUGUGAGGAAUCAAGAAAUCAACCAUGACGAAGUGGUUGAUGUCAUUCGAAAUGACAGCAAGAGUAAUAACGCAAUGGUCGCGGUGUUGGCCUCGUCGGUCAUUCGGAGUCAGCCGAGCCUGACGAUACACGUGAAUUCGGAUAACAGUGAUCAAAAUAAUAAUAAUAAUUGCACUAAUAAUAAAAACAAUGCUAAUUGCAAUAAUGAAAAAAAUUAUUGUAAUGAUUGCGUCGGCGGAGAAGCCACGCCGUUGAAUGUAGGCGCACAACCAAAAAAUAUGGUUAAAUGCAAUGGCGUUAGUGUAAUCAAUUGUAAUUAUUCCAGUGUUAACACAAUCAACAAGAGUGCGUGCAAGUUGAGUGCAACUACUGCAAUCACAACAAUAACCACACCAGUGAGCAGUGUAAAUAUCAAUAAAAGUGUCAGUCAAGUCUGUCGAGUACCAAAUGUGCUAUGCACUGUCAGAAAAAGCGAUAGUUGUAGUAGUAUUAUUGGUGUUAGUGGUGCCAAAAAUAACGGCUUUGUGAUCAACAAUGUAAAUGUUGCCGACAGUGUAAAUAGUAUAAAUUCACAUGCUGGGUCACAUGGUCAGGAAAUGCGAACCCAACAGGUCCCAAAUAGUUCCACGACCAUACCUCUUAUAAGAUCGACGCCAUCAAUAGCAGUGUUAUCGCAGACAAUGGUGGAGACUCCAGCACCAACAAGUGUAUCUGUCGUCAUUUCUCAACAGCCACGUACGUUUACGUCAACAGAAUGUCAAACCGACGAGACCUUGUCCACGCAAAUGCGAACCGAUCGGGGUCCCGUCUCACCAGUUUUAAACCGCGUGCAAAGACGUCGCGACAGACGUGAACGACGGCUACUACUUCAGCAACUAUCUUCUUCCUGUUCACAUCAAUUACAUCUGCCUUCUCCCUUACGUCGUCCACAAGACCACCACUCAAUGCCUCCUGGACCAGUACCUAUUACGGGUAUAUCCGCGAUGCAUUUGCAAUCCAAUAUACAACAUUCAGCGGGGUCUUCCAGUACCACGAUGCCUGCAACAAUUUCUACGCUGUUACGGCCUAUGAUACCGGAUCUAUUACAAAGGCAUUUCCCCCCACCCUAUAGUGCGUUGCCAUUAAAUGGCUGUGCAUUAACGGCGACAACAUCGCCUCCUCCUCACCCAAUAGUAGGACUUGUGCCACCACCAGGGACAACGCUCAUUACGCCAGUGAUAUCAACGGUUCCUAUGCCAGGUAGUGCACCACCAGUCGCAAAUGAUGGCCGAUUUACUUUGCCACUGCCAAUUAUAAGAAGAUCACCCUCAGAACGUUCUCGGAAAGGCUGUUGCGGCCAAUGGUUUGCCGGACCCCCGCUUCGAGCCUUGAUUGCUGUCGUUGCUCUGGGCGGCGUAGCUUGCGCUUUGGGAGGCGCAGCAUUAGGUGCUACAGGCCUCGCAGGACCUCCCAGUUCGCACCUAACGGCUGCUCUUUUAAUGAUAGGUAGAAUUUAA